AUGAUUGGAGCCGGCGCGAGAAAAUCCGUGACGCAGGGCGUGCUCGUCGCCCUCGUUGCUUUCGUGUGCGUCGGUGCCGCCCAGGCCUCGAGAAAUCUGGAACCAAAUACAUGCGUGCUAGCAAAUAAUGGCGCUCAACUUAGCCUAGAGAAUCAGACACGCCUGGCACUUUCUGUCACGCAGGCUGGCCAGCAAAUUACUUUCACAUGCCCCGAUGGUGCACCCCUCGACCCGUCCAGGGCCACUGUGGCGGGUCGGUACUACGCGGCGUCUGCUGACGGCAAGUGCCUGUCGUCACAGAACACACUGACACUGGGGAACCAAGUCCCUGGCGCCUACGUGAGUAUGGUCAAAGGCACCGGCAUAACCGCUACAACGUACGCGUUGUUCGUGCCCGUGCUGCCCCCGACGGCACAGACGCUCUGCUUCUUGUGCUCAGGCAAAGCAAACCACAAGCAAGACUGCCCCAUCGUCGUCGACGUCGCUGCACGGAAAGCUGUCCGCUCCAGUGAAGGCAAGUCUUUCUUCCAGGAGCAUAUCUGCGACGGAGAAGGCGAGAAGCAUAUUUCUGUCGUGGAGCCGCAGGCACUCACUUUGCAGUGCGGCACAAAGACUCCAACAUUGGAUCCCACUGUCAAGUUGGCUCAAGUGUACACCGGAGCGGACUGCAGUGGCAAGGCUACGCUCGCGACCGAGAUCAGCGGUGCGACUCUGGAAGAAGCCAAGUCGAAGCCAGAAGAGCAGAACCAACGAACGCAGACGGGCUACGUUCUUACUGUGACACAGAUGCCAGAAACCACGAAGCAAAUCUGUCUCAAAUGCAUCGGCACCGAUUCUCCCACACCGAAAGAGACAUGCACCUUCAAAAUCGCCGUCGGCAAAAACGGGGGAUCAGCGAGUGCAGGGUUCGGCCUGUCCGCUGUCACUGGCGUUGCUGUUAGUGUGUUUGUCUUGGCCACCGCCUCGCUGAUUCAGUAG